AUGAGGCUCCGGAUCAAAAGGGAGGCAAAGGAAAGAAGGGCAAAGGCACAAAGUCGGCUGAGCGGACAGAGGUCCGCCCUAAAGGCAAGACUGCGAAAGCAGGAAAAGGAAAGGAUGGGAAAGGCAAAGGUGGCGGGGCUGGUGGAAAAAGCAGGGAAGGAAAAGGCCAAGGUGCCAACAGAGACGGCAAAGGCAAAAACAAAGGGCAAGGCCAAGGCCCUCCAGCCUAUGCAGAGUCCAGUGGCAGCCUGCCUGGUUAUAUGCCUUUCACCACCGCGCGGGCGCCUGAUAGAGGCAAAGGAAGCCUGUAUGGAGCGAGGCAACAUAGCAGUGCGCAACAAGAUCUGA